UUCAUGGGGGCAGAACCGGGGUCCCCGCUGGAGCCCCCCGAGAGUCUGCACUGGGAGCGGGUCGGGCUCUGCGCCUGGCUGCUGGUGCUGGCGGCAGCUCUGGGGGAGCAGCAGCGGCUCUGGGGGUCCCCGUCGCUGCCCCUCGUGCUCGUGGCGGCCGCUCAGGGGGUCCCGGUGCUGCGGCGCCUCAGGGAGCUGAGCAGGAAUUCCCCCCCCAGCCCCGGGGGCUUCCUGGGACUCUUCGGGGCUCUGGCCUGGGGCCCUUUUGGGGGUCCCCUCCCGGCACUGCUGCUCCUGCGAAGACCCCAAAACAGGCUGGGGGGAGCCGGGGGGGCUGCCUGUGGGGGGCUCUACGCCCUGGGGCUGUGGAUCUUCCACGGUGCCACCACCCAGAGGAGCCUCUUCAGCCAUGACCCCCGAGACCCUCGAGUGGCCGGUGAGACCCCCAAGCCCUGGACACCCAAACCGCUGAGGAUCCCCAAAUCUGGGACCCCAGAGACUCCCAUUUCCCUCCCAGGUCUCCCCACAGUCCCCACGGCCACAGGGCAGGUGCUGCUGGCAGGGGGCUGGUGGGGGCUCGUGCGACGCCCCGAUGACCUCGGGGAGCUGCUGAUGGCCUUGGGCUGGACCCUCCCCUGCGGGCUGUCCCCGCCGCUGCUGCUGCUGCUGGCGGGGGCCGUGCUCCGCGAGCUCCGAGCACUCGUGGGGGAGCGGCGGCAGCGGCGCCGCUUUGGGGGGGCCUGGGGGGGCCUGUGCCAGCGUGUCCCCCACCGGCUGCUGCCCCUCGUCUACUGAGGGUUCCUCUAAGACCCCCUGCGACCCCAAGAUCCACAGAGGGACUCCUUGGGACCCUCCUGGGAUUCUCCACGUUGCCUGUGGAACACCCAAGCUCACCCCCCCAUCUACUGCGACGCCUUCAGGACCCCCCAAACUCCCACCCCCAACCACUGACACUGCCAAAUUCACGGACCUCUCAAAUCAACUGAGGGACCCCCUUGGGACGCCCCUAGCUGCUGAGGGCCCCCCAGGUCACAGGGGGUUUCACAGCCCCAUUACGGUGGAUAAAGGAAAAAAAAAAAUCUUGUCAUUGA